AAUCAAAGACCACCGUCGACUCAACUGUAUGAAAUUGAAAACGCAAUGGCACACGUCACCCCCUUUUCGUUUGUGUCAAAGUCAACCAACCUCAACCACCUGCAUCAAUCUUCUUCUAUAAAUACAACACAAUACCCGCUUCCAAUUCAAUCAUUCAAUUAUUUCGAUCAUCAAUCAAUAACAUUAUCAUUCAUUCUUCAAUCCACUGCACUGCGCUAAUACCAAUGGCUUCUCCUAAUAACCCUCUUAUUACUCCCUACAAGAUGGGUAACUUCAAUCUCUCCCACAGAAUCGUUUUGGCGCCGCUUACCAGAAUGAGAUCCUACAACAACGUUCCUCAACCCCAUGCUACUCUCUAUUACUCUCAGAGAUCUUCCCAAGGAGGCCUUCUCAUCGCCGAAGCCACCGGCGUCUCCGACACUGCUCAAGGCUAUCCAAACACCCCCGGCAUUUGGACAAACGAACAAGUAGAAGCGUGGAAGCCCAUUGUGGACGCUGUUCAUGCCAAAGGUGCUCUAUUCUUCUGUCAGAUUUGGCAUGUUGGAAGGGUUUCAUCUUCAGCUUUUCAGCCAAACGGGCAAGCACCCAUAUCUUCCACAGACAAGCCACUCGCACCGCAAGAUGGCAUGCAAUUCACACCACCAAGGCGGCUAAGGGCGGAUGAACUUCCUCAUAUUGUCAAUGACUUCAGACUCGCUGCAAGGAAUGCUAUUGACGCUGGUUUUGAUGGGGUUGAGAUCCAUGGGGCUCAUGGCUACCUGCUUGACCAAUUUCUGAAAGAUCAAGUGAAUGACCGGACAGAUGAAUAUGGUGGAUCCCUUGAGAACCGUUGUCGAUUUCCAUUGGAAGUUGUUGAAGCUGUGGCGAAUGAGGUAGGAGCAGAAAGAGUUGGAAUUAGAUUAUCGCCUUUUGCAGACUAUGCAGAAUCUGGAGACUCUAGUCCUGACGAAUUGGGGCUUUAUAUGGCUAAUGCCCUCAAUAAAUACAAUAUUCUGUACUGUCACAUGGUAGAGCCGAGAAUGAAAACUCUUGGAGAAAAGUUUGAAACCCCUCACAGCCUGGUGCCAAUGAGAAAAGCUUUCAAUGGAACUUUUAUAGUUGCUGGAGGUUAUGGACGACAAGAUGGGAUCAAUGCUAUAGCUGAAAACAGGGCAGACCUUGUUGUUUAUGGUCGUUUGUUCUUAGCCAAUCCAGAUCUACCAAAGAGAUUUGCGCUUGAUGCUCCUCUCAACAAGUAUAAGCGGGACACUUUCUACGUUUCUGAUCCAGUUGUUGGUUACACCGACUACCCGUUUCUUGAAUGAAGAAAUCAAUGUUGUAGCAUACUGCAUAGAAAAGUGGAACCUCCUGAUUUAAUAAGCUUUUCUUCCCUUGCACAUUCCUUUCUUUCUAUUUUUGCAAGUUGUCUGGUCAUUGUAAUAGGAAUUAUGAUGCUUGAAAUUUUAUUGAUGUAUUCUACACCCAGUUGACACAUUUUUUAAAUGAUGAGGGCACAUAGUCUGUAAAACUAUUAUUUGUGUGUGAUAAUGACACAGAAUGGCAAUAAGAUGUUUUGGCCCUUGGGUAAAA